ACAUUACAUCAGCUGUUUUUUUUUUUUUUACACCGUCUAUGCUGAUGACACGUUUGUUGUUUCUCGGAAGUGACGAAACCAAAGUACUGAUGGCGGCUCACAGUUUGCUCCCGGAUAUGUACUGAAACGAAUUUGAUGGCUUCUUAUUGGACUUUUGGCGUACUUUGCCAUUUGUCUGAGGUCUCGAGAUUAACAUUGAACCUGUCGAGCACAAGAGUCGUCAAUCCGAGGAGGGAUCAUUUGUUGUAGAGCUGCUUAGAUCCAGAGCUAGCUGCCCUGCCAAUGAAAUCCAAGUCCAGUUAGCCCUUGAUUGCAGAGGUUGGUUUGAGUGCGUGCGUGGCUACACGCUUUGAGACGUUUAACAUUUUAGCAGUUUUGUGACACUGGCUGGUCCAAGUGCAGCAGAGUCUUCGGAUUCUGUAGUUUGGCUAGCCUCGCUCGCGUUACUUUAAAAGCAAAGAAGUGGCGGGAAGUGGUUAGCCGAAGUGAUUAGCUGCAGCCCUACUCCCAGCUCCUCUGAAAUCAUCGGUCUCUAGUGGAGAUUGUGAAUCUCUUCUAUGAUUCACCUCUGCGCCGUUCAUCGACUGUCAGCAUGUUGAAAACUCGUCAGUGUUUACUCGGGAUUCGCACCUUCCUCGGAGUGACGUCUAGAAUAUGGAGUUUCAUUUUAUACAUCCUCAGGAAGCAUCUACGAACGAUAAUCCAGUACCAAACAGUGCGUUAUGACACAUUACCUCUUUCCCCUAUUUCCAGAAACAGACUCAAUGCGGUGAAGAGGAAGAUAUUGGUGUUGGAUCUGGAUGAGACUUUGAUUCACUCUCACCAUGAUGGCGUUCUUAGACCUACAGUGAGGCCUGGUACACCACCAGACUUUAUCCUCAAGGUGGUAAUAGACAAACACCCAGUCAGGUUUUUUGUCCAUAAAAGGCCACACGUCGACUUCUUUUUAGAAGUGGUCAGUCAGUGGUAUGAGCUGGUAGUAUUUACAGCUAGUAUGGAGAUAUAUGGAUCGGCCGUAGCAGAUAAGCUGGAUAACAACAGGGAUAUUCUCAAAAGAAGAUACUACAGACAGCACUGUACUUUGGAUUUAGGGAGCUACAUAAAAGAUCUAUCUGUAGUACACCGCGAUCUCUCCAGUAUAGUCAUUCUGGACAACUCGCCCGGAGCUUAUCGAAGUCACCCAGACAAUGCAAUACCUAUAAAGUCAUGGUUUAGUGACCCAAGCGACACAGCACUUCUUAACCUGCUCCCAAUGUUGGAUGCAUUGAGGUUUACCUCAGAUGUUCGCUCCGUCCUCAGUCGAAAUCUCCACCAGCAUCGGCUUUGGUGAUCGUAUCUUCCAGGGCCAGUCACCGUCUGGUUUUUACAUGGCUCUGCCCAUAAGUGUUAGUCUCUCCUGUGCUGGAACUGUCCGCCUCUCAUUACUCUGAGCUCCCAUUAGUCAUAUGGACUCCUCUGAGGAAAUGCUACAAGACAUGGGAGGACUGAAAGGGAGAGAACCAUGAUGAAGAAGCUAUUGCAAAUAAACUCAAGACAAAAUGGAGUGGCCAGCAUUUUAUUGUUGUAUUUUUUUCCUUAAAAAUGGAAACUCUGCCUUACAGCUGUUGGAUUCAACAUGUGCAUGAUAGUGUUUCUGAGUGAAUGGGGAAGAAAGCCGAUUCCAAUUUUACCUUUGUUUUUUUUUUUUGUUUUUUUUUUGGUGGAAAACUGGUUGUAACUACCAGUCACUUCAUAAUCACUUAUUCCUACUUCCUCAAUGACUGUCUUUGUCUUUUUAGUUUCGUAUGACCUUAGCACAAACGGUCACAUGGUCUUACCCACUCAUUCUCUCGCUAAGAUUCUAUCUUUCCUCUCCUUUUUUUUCUGUCUGCCAUCUCAGGUAUCUCGGCCUCUUCUCUAUGUUAAGAGCUGAGAUCCGUUAAUACCGUUGUACUAAUAGUAUACUGUGGUAGAGAUAACUAUGAUCAGCAGGAGAGACUACGGUCCAUUAUUACAGCUUAUGGAAUAAAUUCUCGGUAUUUUUAAAAUGGCUUAUAUGAAACCUCUGGUUAAAUCAGAGAGGUUUUCGAAGACGUUUUUAGAUGCGCUUCGAUAGGAAUACAUCAGCCACUGAGAUCGACACUGAGCAACAAGGACUCUGCUAAAACAGAAAAUAAAAUAGAGCCUUUUGUCAACAA